AUGCGUAUUGCACUGUCGCUGCUCUCUGUGCCCGUCUAUGUAACCUGGGCCGCUCCUUCGCGGAUUCAAGUCCCUUUCUCUUCUUUCGCCGCAGAUAACGAUGAAAUUUCUCAAUUUCUGUCGGGACUGGACCCGUACCCCAAUAAACCUCGGAUCACGUUCAAGAACGACGGGACAUUCAAGAUCACCGUAUUCUCGGACUUGCACUUCGGGGAGAACCCAUGGGAUGACUGGGGACCAGUGCAGGAUGCGAAUAGCCUGAAGCUCAUGAGGACGGUGCUCCCAAGCGAGAGGCCAGAUUAUGUCGUAAUCAAUGGGGACUUGAUCACUGGUGAAAAUACCUUCAGGGAGAAUUCGACGUCUCUUAUUGACGAAAUAAUGGGGCCUAUCAACGAGGCCAAGAUUCCUUUCUCUUCUACCCAAGGCAACCACGACAAUCAAGCCAAUAUAACACAUCUAGAGGAAAUCCAGCGCGAAUUGCGCGUUGCUCCUAUGAGCUACACGCGUACUGCACCUAAGGGAGUUGGUGGAGCUGGAGGGGAAGGGAAUUACUGGGUCCCGGUCAGUUUAUAG